AUGAGGGAAAGCGAAGUAACAAAGUUUUUAGUUUCUUUCAAUGGACAUAUAGAAUAUGUGAUAUUUCCUGCGGGGGUAUUUGAUGAGCAACUGUAUAUUCAGUAUGAAGUAGUGUGGGGCUUAGAUUGGGACCCUAUUUCUGGCUUAUUUACAGGAACAAGUCAAAUGGCACGGUCGGGCAGAGACCCAGAGAAAGUAAUAUUUAAUAUGCCUGUUGAAAUGGUGUUGGGCAGUACCAACGUAUUUGGAUGGCCGCAGCUAGUAGUAACAGUCAGGGCGAAAAACUUCUUCAGUGGAGACACGCUUUGUGGUUACGCCCUUUUUCUUUUGCCACCAGUGGCUGGUACACAUGAAAUAACGUCUCCUCUGGUUAAACCAAGGUCAGCUACGAUGUUGGGGGAGUGGCUCACCUGGCUAACAGGUAGGCAACCUGAGCUGGCCGAUCCUAGGAUGCUCGCUACAGGAAAGGAAAAUUAUUUGUUAAGAACAGAGUCAUAUGGACACGUAAGAUUAAAAAUGACAAUGGUGUCGAAAGAUCUGCGGAAACUCGGCUACGAUAACAUGGCGCCGGUUUUGAAAAUGUAGAUUGUACGGUCUAAUUAAAUAUUAUCAAU